CAGAAGUGAAAUAAGGUGACGAAAGAGAGUUUUUUGCAAAUGGAAGAAGACAGAGUCGGAGCUCCAACCGCAACACUGCUGGUCUCUGAACAAGAACAUCAAGCUCCACCUUCCUGCCCUGCUUCUGACACCACACCUCCUCCUGCAGAUGCUUUACUGACAGAUGAACCCCAAACCAGAGCUGACUUCUUAAAAUAUUACUGCCUCCUCACUCUGGACCCAAACACAGCUUACAGAGAGCUGCUCCUGUCCGAGGGGAACAGAGAGGCCGAGCUCACAGACUUAGUCCAGACGUAUCCUGAACAUCCAGACAGGUUCUCUCACCUUUUUCAGGUGUUGUGUAAAGAGGGUCUGACAGGACGCUGUUACUGGGAGGUGGAGUUUGAAGGCUCUGUAGAAAUAGCAGUGGCAUACAAAGAUCUCGGCAGGUCAGAUUAUUACCACGAGUGUGCGUUCGGGUGCAACGACAAGUCCUGGAGUUUAGACUUGAACAAAAACAACAGAUGUUUCAGACACAGUGAUGAGGAGGCUGAGGUGCCUGAGCCUCAGUCCUCCAGAGUGGGCGUGUACCUGGAUCAUGAGGAGGGUAUCCUGUUGUUUUACUGUGUGUCUGACACAACGCUGCAGCUGAUGCACAGAGAGGAAACAACAUUCACAGAGCCGCUGUACCCCGGACUGUGGAUCGCAGGCAGUGCCCGGCUCUGUGACCUGGAGUAA